AAGACACGCCCAAACGCCACAACAAACAGAAUCUGAAUCUCUCCCUCCUUUUCUCUCUCUGCCGCCACCAACUGUCGGCAGAGCUCUAAACACCACCCAUUUCACCUCCAAGCACAAUGCAGCUCCAAUUUAGCAACCUCUUCUUCUUCGCCUUGUCUUUGAAACUGGUGUUGCUUCAGACGACGGUUGGACAACUUCAGCACCAUACUCUCGACCAACAUUGGUACCCCGGAACCGCCACCUGGUAUGGCGACCCCGAAGGAGACGGCAGUACCGGUGGAGCAUGUGGAUAUGGAACGUUGGUGGAUGUAAAGCCGUUACGAGCGAGGGUAGGGGCGGUGGGUUCAGUUCUGUUUAUGAAAGGGGAAGGAUGUGGAGCCUGUUACAAAGUGAAGUGCUUAGACAACAGCAUAUGUUCAAGGAGAGCAGUUACGGUCAUAAUCACCGACGAGUGUCCCGGCUGCCCUACUGACCAGACUCACUUUGACCUCAGUGGUGCUGCUUUUGGACAUAUGGCUAUCUCCGGCGAGAACGGUCAACUCAGAAACCGCGGUCAAAUCCCUGUCAUUUACCGAAGAACACCUUGUAAAUAUCCAGGGAAAAAAAUUGCCUUCCAUGUUAACGAAGGUUCCACGCCAUUUUGGUUAUCACUUCUUGUUGAAUUCGAAGAUGCAGAGGGAGAUAUUGGCACUAUGCAUAUACGAGAACAUGGUUCUAGUGAGUGGCUGCAGAUGAAUCAUCUAUGGGGUGCAAAUUGGUGCAUUAUUGGGGGACCUUUAAGGGGACCAUUCUCAGUUAAACUCAGCUCUUCCACGGGUAGAACCCUAUCAGCUAGAGAUGUUGUUCCUACCAAUUGGGUUCCAAAGGCCACUUACACUUCUCGACUUAAUUUCUACCCCUAAAACACAAUCUUUGCAUUUGGUACAAAAGAAACCAACCAAAGCUCAUUCAUUCCUAUAGUGGAAAAUUAAUAACCACUUUUUACCUAGUUAAUUAAUUAAAGUUUGGUCAGGGGUCCCAUAAUGCAAAAUUAGUCUUCAUGGGUUCCCAACUCUUAUUUCCCUUAGUUUUCUAUAUAUAUACGUGGAUCCGGAUCAUCUCCUGCUAUUCUCCUCAUAUUUCUCGUCCUGCGCUGAUCUAAACCGUCCAUCCAUCAUUUUGUGUUGUUGACCGUUACAAUAAAUUGAAAUCAAUAGCUGAGAUUUGCGCAGGACCCUCGAGUAGUUUGAGAGGAUCCCGUUCCAUAUAUAGUGUAAUUUUCUUUCUUCUUUUUACCCAUCUAAGCCAUCUUUUUUUGGAGGGGGUAAGAAAUGUAGCCAUUGAAUUGCACAAGGGCAUUCAAUGGACCUUCUCUUUUCUUGUUUUCCUCUAUGUUUUUGUAUACCUAAUUUUAUGGUGUGUUACUGUUGGUAGUAAAUGUCAUGUAGCCCUCUCCAAAAUUGGAGGGAGAGCGUGUAGGGUAGUAUCCUUAAUUCCUUAUGGAGCUGAAUAUGAAUGUGUGUAAUGAGCCAGUUGGACUUUUAAUGAAUGUUUAUCUAUUUCUGAACCA